CUUCCCGUUGUCAAAUUAGAGUCGGUGAGCUGGGAUAGACUGGGAGUUUGGUUCAGAGAAGGUCAGACAUAGCCUACUGCCGGACAGGGCAAGAAGAGUAAAGACUGAAUGUGGGACAGGAAAUCUGACGUGAACCAUCUACGAAAAAGUAUCCCAAUUGUUUCAUCCUGCAAUCAAGGAUCUGACGAAUGACAAAGGUUGGCUGCGUAAACUUUGGCAUUCAGGUCUGAUCGUUUCUAAACCGGCCUGUUGUUUUUAGUGGAGGCUCUGAAAGUGAACAUCAUGGCAAGGCGGACUGUGCACGAAGUAACAGUUCAAGAUGUACAGAAGAGGAGAAAUCCGAACAAACACUAUGUUUACAUCAUCAAAGUGUCUUGGUCUGAUGGUAGCACUGAGGUCAUCUUCAGACGCUACAGCAAGUUCUUCCAUCUGCAGAUGGAGCUUCUGGAUAAGUUCCCUGUGGAAGGAGGGCAGAAAGACCCCAAGCGGAGAAUCAUCCCUUUUCUACCAGGGAAGAUCCUGUUCAGGAGAAGCCAUAUCAGGGAUGUGGCCAUGAAGCGCCUGAGGCCUAUCAACGAGUACUGCGGGGCUCUGAUUCAGCUGCCUGUGUACAUCUCCCAGUGUGAGGAGGUCCGUGUGUUCUUCGAAACCCGACCUGAAGACCUCAACCCACCCAAAGAGGAACCCAUUGGAAAGAAGAAGUCCGGCAUUGUGGAGAGAGCGACUACUUUCCUAAAGAGAGGAGACUCCAGCGCAGCUGACCCCCUGCUCCUGGACCAGUACGUGGCUGUCACUGACUAUGAGAAGCAGGAGAGCUCUGAGAUCAGCCUGCACGUGGGACAGACGGUGGAGGUCAUCGAGAAGAAUGAGUCUGGUUGGUGGUUUGUUAGUUCUGACGAGGCCCAGGGCUGGGUCCCUGCCACCUGCCUGGAGGCCCAGGAUGACCCUGAUGACUUCUCCCUGCCCGGUGAGGAAGAGGAGACGUACACAGUGAUCUACCCGUACGCAGCGAGAGACCAAGACGAGAUCGACCUGGAGAGUGGCAUGACAGUGGAGGUCAUUCAGAAGAACCUGGAGGGCUGGUGGAAGAUCAGGUACCAGGGACAGGAGGGCUGGGCCCCGGCGUCCUACCUGAAGAAGGCCGACAUCCUGAGCCAGAAGCUGGCAGUGGGCCACGCCAGCACCAACGAUCUGGACGGAUUCUCCAAGCAGCAGAACCAAGCCAAAGAGAGCAAAGGAGACAGCAAGGACCAGAAAGACAAGGGCUUCUCCCCCUUUGCCAAGCAGCACAAACAGGGGGCGAGACAGAGACCACCACCACGCAGGGAUCUCACCAUCCCGAGGGGGCAGAACCUGCCCAAGCCGCCCACCCCUCCUCAGGUGGAGGAGGAAUUCUACACCAUUGCAGACUUCCAGACCACCAUCCCAGAUGGCAUCAGCUUCCAGGCUGGGGUCAAAGUGGAGGUGAUCGAGAAGAACUCCAGUGGCUGGUGGUACAUUCAGAUUGAAGACAAAGAGGGCUGGGCCCCCAUUACCUUCAUCGACAAAUACAAAAAGACCAGUUUGACCCCGCGCCCUAACUUCCUGGCACCUCUGCCCAACGAGAUGGCCCAGCUGAAGCUGGAGGAUGGCACUGCCAGCGGCGCGGGGCAAGAGGACAGCUGGUCCAAACCGCUGCCAGACGAGCCCACCGCGAGCAGCGAUUCCGGAACCCGGCCCAAACUCAGAGACUGGAAGUCCAGCGCCAGUAAGGGGGCAUCAGCCUUCUCCGGACCCCUGCCCCCCGCCCCGUCUGCCCCACCUGCUGAGGAGAAGCCAGCCUUGCCACCCCGCAGGGAGUCCAUCAACAAGAGCCUGGACAUUGAGAUUACUGUGGAGAAACCCAGGCCAGACCUAUCCAAACCCAUGCCUCCAAAACCCCAAGCCCCGGGUGUCAUCAUGCCCCUGCUCACCCCCAAAGCUGCCCCCUUCAAGCCCGACAAGCCCCCCGAGCCCAAGAGAGAGGUCACGAACAAGCCUCUGCAUCUGAAGAAUGAGAUGGGUCUGGAGUGUGGCCACAAGGUCUCCGCCAAAGAGGUGAAGAAGUUCAACCUGAAACCUGUGGCUAAGCAACCACCCAAGUCCAAGCUUGAUCCACCGGAGGAGAAACCAGAGGUCGCCGGCCUUGCACUGUUCAUGAAGCCUAAACCCAUAGUCCGGCCCAAACCCGUCCCAGCUGCCAAGCCAGAGCCGCCAGCUGAGAACAAGCUGGACAUCACCAACCUGAGGAGCAAGCUGAAGCCUUCAAAGCCAGUUGAACCAGGCUCUGGAUCAGUAGAGCCAAGUCAGCAAAACGGCACUGCAGCCAACAACGCCCCUAGCAACGCUCUCCCCAAGAUGCCGCCCCCCAACCUUCCCCCUAAUAAUGCUUUACCCAAGAUGCCCCCUCCUAAUAAUGUUCUCCCCAAGAUGCCGCCCCCCAACCUUCCCCCUAAUAAUGCUUUACCCAAGAUGCCCCCUCCUAAUAACGUUCUCCCCAAGAUGCGUCCCAGCAGCCCCCCUAUCAAUGCCCUACCCAAGAUGCCCCCGGCCCCCAAUGCUCUCUACAAUGGCAAGGCCACUGACGAGCCCAAAUUCUCCCACAAGCAGCAAAACGGCCACGGACAGGUGAGCCCGGACAAAUGUACUGUUUCCCCACACAAAGAACCUCCAGGUAGACCCGCCGUCCUCCCUAGGAGACCCCCUCCACCCAAAAAGACCUCUGAGCCGUCCAGCCCCACAGAAACCAAAGCUCCCCUGAAAGAGCUCCCAGACACAAAGCCUGCUCCCCCCCAGCUCAGCAGGCCCCCUCCCCCUAAACCCAAGGCCUUCGUACUACCCCCACCCAAAGACAAAGAGAAGGUGGUCCCAAAGCCCCUACUUAAGAGUGAGAAACCAGGCCCUCCGAGGGACAAGCUGCCUCCUCUAAUCAAGGAUCCCAGUAAAGAGGAGCUGUUCUUGGCCGUGGCGGACUUUGAGGGCGACGAUCAGACGGCCAGCUUCAAGGAGGGCACCAUGUUCCAGGUGAUGGAGAAGAACAGCAGCGGCUGGUGGUUUUGUAAAAAUCUAGGAGAAGGGCCAAUGAAAGAGGGCUGGAUCCCCUCCAAUUACCUGACCAAGAAACCCUAAGUACCAGGUUCUGUUGGCUUUUUUAAUACAUAAAGAUAUCACUAAUUGUAUUUAAUUAGCUUUUUAUUUUAUUUAUAGUUACCUUUUUUUAAAUAUGUGUUUGUUACUUUGUUACAUUCCAUUUGUUUAGCAUUCGAGCGAGAAUGAACCAGCAAUGACACGUUUCUGUUGCAUUUCUUUUUAAAUAUUUGUUUUACUUUAUAUCCUCAUUUCAAAUUACCAGGCAUCAAAUCCGGGAAAAGCAAAUGUCCCUUUCAAGUUCACUUUGUGCCAUACAGUAUGUUACUCAAGCCUAUGUCAUUUUAUGAUAUGUAUCACAAGCUUUCUAAUAGAACUAAAUAUGUCCUUUCAAGCCUUCUAUAAUAUUGUGCCUCAGUAUAAUAUUCAAAGUGCUUUAAGCUUAAAUAUAUGCAAUUUAUCUAGUUAGUGUCUCCGUUAGCAUAUCAAAGAUGCUUCAAUCUAAUGAGUAGAGUCGAAACUGACAGUGCAAUGCAUAUGGAAAAUAAAUCAGACCAUACGAUAGAGGAACCAGGGUCCGUAUUCACAAAGUGUCUCGUAGGAGUGCUGAUCUAGGAUUAGUUUUGCCUUUUAGAUCAUAAUGAAUAAUAUUACAUGAACAGGGUGUACCUGAUCCUAGAUCAGAUCCUAGAUGGCCAUGUAUACUCAGAUACCUCAAAGAACAGCCCUCCUCCUACUAUGCCUGCAACGGAGGUUACAAGGGAAGUUCUAGAGGACAUUUUGUUUUUCAAGAACUAAAAUAGCAACACUUCAAGAGGAGUUUUUGCCAAGUGAUUCUAAGAAAGAUUUAUACAGUGUUCAUGUGUUUGUGAAUGUGUUUCUUUUUUCUUUAGGAACUGAAUAAUAAUGUUGCGGUUGAUUUUUUACAGAUGUGCACUUUUCAGAUUAUUCAGACUGAUUCAGACGGUUCGGACUGGUUCAGACAGUUCAGACUGAUUCAGACGGUUCAGGUUUCACACUGUGGCUUAACAGACAGAGAACGUAGUGUACAAAUGAAUGCCAUAGCCAUGUUUUUAAACCUCAUGAGGUCUUAACAUUGGGAAAUGUAUGUCAGAGUUAGAGUCUAGUUCAUCUCCUCUCAGGAUGGACUGAAUUGACUUCAUUGAAAUGAAAUGGACCCCUUCCCUGGUGUUCACAGUACGAUGGUAAAAACACAAGUAAUAAUGACUGAUUCAAGUAGAGAUUACAUCAGGCUGCUUCUGGUAAAAACAAUAUUCCAUAAUUAUGCUGUAGGACAAGGUCUACCAUUACUACAGCCCCUAAAUUAUGGAAUUCACCUGUGAUUUGUGCAAUGAUACAAUACAAAAUACUGAAUCUCCAAAGCAGUGCUCAAAUAUAAAAGUAUUAUAAAGUGUGAUCAUUACUCAUUGUUUUACAUUAGUGCUUGACUGGUUUCAAGCACAGACUCAGUAAAAUAAUUAUUGUACUUCCAGAAUGAAGUAAUGUCAGCUGUUGUCACUUUGUUUACUUUUCACCUCUUGCCCGGUCUGGUAAUUGGGAACUAGGGUCCAGUCAGUCAUACAGUAGUGGAAUGAAGGGGUUUUGGGACGUUGUAGUUGGUCAUGUGAAAAGGCUUAUGGGUUGGUCUCCUAGGAGAUGCACAGACAAGGCUAGGAGUGGCUGUAGCUCACAGGUUCAUUGGAGAAUCUUUGAAUAUGGUUGAUCUGCUCUUAGCUGCUAUGCUAGUUUUUUGUUUUUUCUUUUUCUCUGAAUCAUCUUAUGUUAGAGUACUAUGGCCAAUGUCCUUCCAUGGCUGAUAAAUCAAAGAAAUGCAAUCAAGUGUAUUAUUUUAAGGACUUAGUGCCUGUGUCCGGUCAUGACCAACAUUGGUAACAGUGAAAUGAUCAGUGGGGUUUUCCGUCUUUUAGCCAGUGUGCAUAGUGCACUUAAAGUAAUGCUAUUCAUAAUGUCAGAUUUGUAAUGAUAAUGAUCAACACAUGGAGUAAGGCCUGAAUUAGUGGAACGUGGAUUGGGUUAGAAUGACAGUUGGAUAAACUCAUGUAUUCUACAGUUUGUUUACUGAAGCAUAAAGACAAAGGCAAGCAGGGAUGUGAACUCCGCAAUGUAACAAAACAGUAUGGGAUGUUAGUCUUAUUGCUUUAAGUAACACUUUACCCUAAAACAGCCAAUUUAAUACAUUUCAAAAGGCACUUUUUCUUUCUUCUUUGAGAUAUGCAGCAGGACAUCUUUUCCCAUCAGAUAUCCCAUCUUAGUACUGUAGGGUUUUUUAUUUUCUUGUUCUUGUGUAUUUUCUUUCAUAUUAAGUCAAUAAACAUUUUUCAUUUUUGUA